AUGACGAGCUGGACUUUUUCGUCAAGGGCAUUGCAUGGGGCCCUCACAAGGAAACUUAUUUGCCUCGAUUGGUUGAGCGCCACAAGCGCCCCAUCUACAUUGCAAGAGGUUAUGCGCCUCCUACAUACUCGCGGCUUGUCAUGGUCCGAUACUAUGGUCCCGACCCUCUUCUGCAAGGCCAUGAAGGAUGGGAUGCGGGUGAGGAGGGUGAAAUCAUGGAGUAUGUCUUCGGCUGGAGGUGGAUCUACGCGGACUGGCCUGGUCCUCUGGUGGAUGAGGUUCAGGAGACCGUGCCCAUGUCAGAAACAACUAGAACUUGUGGGAAGAUGUGUAGUUUCCAUAGAAUAG